CCGUGCAGAAGGAUCAGUGAUCGUCCCCAGAAUGCCCUUCCCGCCACGGCCGUAACAACCUCCUCCCGCAAUUACUCCAACUUGUGCCCACACCACACGCGGAGCCCAUCCAUGGACGCGAGCCUCCGCACGCUGCCCCCGGCCGGCAGCAGCUUCCCCGGCGAGGUCCGGUCCGCCGUGUCGUCGCUGCUCCUCUCCUCCCCGGGCGGCACCAGCGCCCUCGACACCGUCUUCUCGCACCUCCCGCCGCCCGUCACCAUCCCGCCGCUCGGCUCCAGCGUCUACUACCGCCAGUGCGAGCUCCUCCGCCACUUCGCCGCGUCACAGACGCACCAGCCGGCCACCGCCACCGCCGCCGCAUGCUCGUCCUCUUCCUCGUCGUCCUCCGCCGCCUCGGCCAGCUUCCAGUUCCAGCCCCAGGCGCCGCCCGACGACGCGGCGGCGGCGGCGGCCAUGCUGCGGCAGAAGCUGUACCGCGGCGUGCGGCAGCGGCAGUGGGGCAAGUGGGUGGCGGAGAUCCGGCUGCCGCAGAACCGGGUGCGCGUGUGGCUCGGCACCUACGACUCCCCCGAGACCGCGGCGCACGCCUACGACCGCGCCGCCUACAGGCUCCGCGGCGAGUACGCGCGCCUCAACUUUCCGGGCGUCAUGGACGCGCCGGACACGGACUGCCCCGACCACCUUCGCCAGCUCCGCGCCGCCGUCGACGCCAAGAUCCAGGCCAUCCGCGCCCGCAUGGCGCGGAAGCGCGCCCGCGCGCGCAAGCAGCGCGAGGAGAAGGAGAGCGCCCGCUCCGGUUCCGGUGCCAACAGCAGCAAGCCAGCCGCCGCGCGCCCGGUCGCCUCUGAGGGCGCCGCAACGACGACGACGACUACCACCACCUCCGAGACGUCAACCACGCCGUACGGGUCGCCGGACGGGGUUCUGUCCGUGAGCGCGGUCUCGGCCGAGGGCGACUGCCCGCUGGAGCGGAUGCCGUCGUUCGACCCGGAGCUCAUCUGGGAGAUGCUUAACUUCUAGCCGGCUAACUGCACGGCGCGUGUCGAUCGAUCAACGGGACCGCCAUGGACACCGGGACCAAACGACGUCAAGGUCCUUGCUUGGACAUGGCUGCCCCGCGUAGAGCUCGCAUCUAGGUGCUGUUCCUUUUUCAAAUUAUGAGCGUAUAUACAUAUAUAACAAACUAUUAGUAGAAGGAUGAUGAUACCAUGAGCAAUAAAAUGCCCAAGAAAACCUGGGCCUGCUAGCCAUGAUUAGUACUAGUAUCUGAAUACUCGAAUCGUCGUGUGUUUUCAGAUUGAUCGACGAGUUGUAAAGACUGAUCGCUGAUUCACUGUCUAUCUCUACAUGCAUAAGCAUUCCAUUACAGCUAGCA